AUGCCAUCACCACAGACAGUGACCCCUGGACCGGAGCUGCAGAGCCUGAAGGAGCCGGCUGAACAGCAGACACCAGCACGGGGCGCCCGGCGGGUGAGCAGUGGGGAUGCUCCCAGCACCCAAUACGAGGAUGCUGCGUGGCCUGGCCUGGGCACCUUGCGGCGGGCCUUCACCCGGGUGAGCCAACGGGCCCGGGUCCUUGAGAAUCCCAACCUGCUUGGGCACAGCUCUCGAUCCCUGUUCCGGUCCUUCCGACGCACCCUGGAGGAGGGCGUGGCUGGUGACGGGCCCCAGACCCCCGCCGUGCCAGGGGCGGCCCAUAGCCCUGAGGUGCCCUCGAGGGGCAUGGAUGGUGUCAGCCAGCGGGCAUCCACUUGGGUGGGGCCUGAGGAACUGAAAAUCGACGCAGAAGGCAAGUCUGUGGCCGACCUCAUCACUGAGCGGCAACUGCUGGCGGCCUUCGAACAGCUGCGGCACCGGGAGACGCAGCUGGUGACCGCUAAGGCCUCGCGCGCCUACGAGCAGGACCCCACCGACUUCGCGCGGCGCGCCAUGGAUGUAUGCCUGCACUACGACCGGCUGGCUUCCGAGAUCGGCGCCAUUGUCAGCGAGACGCUGGGCCCGGAUGGCGUGGACGCGGCCGCGCUCGCCGAACUGGCCCCCGUGGUGCGCGCAGAGGAGGAGGCCCACCCGGAGCCCCCUGCCGACGGCGACUUUCUAUGCACCCCGCGCCACUGGCGCCAGCACUGGGAGGACGCCGUGCGACGGAGCGCGCAGGAGCGUGUGCAGCAGGCAGGCGUCGGGGAGGCCCCGGGGGACAACGAGGGCCCAUCUGACCUGGCCCGCCUUCUAGCGGAGCUCGGCGGCCUGGUCCGCCGCGACCUGCAGAAGGUGUGGCUGGAGGUGCAGCCUGUAUACGCGGCCGCCGGCUUCCCGGCGUGGGAGGCCUACCUGCACGCCUUCCACAGCGCGGUGGCCCAGCGCCUCCAGGAACUGGCGCGCGAGGCACGCGGUUUCGAGCAGCUCUACGUCCUCCUGGACUGGGCUGUCAAUGUCUACGGAAGUCCUGACUUCCUGGGCACCCCAGACCUGGCGCUGCCCGCGGAGCCGCUGCCCCCGCUCCUGGCACCCGAAGUGUGGGCCCAGCUGGAGACGGACUAUACCAGCUUCGUUGAGACCAAGAUCGCCAGCUGCUUUGAAGGCAUCCUGCAGAUGGAGCAGAGUCGCUGGGCCGCCGCUGAGGCCCCGGACGUGCUACAAGGCCGCUACCACUCGCCGCUGUCCAUCGACGUCCAUAUGCUCGUGGCCGAGCAUGUGAAGGCGGCCCGUGCCAUCUCAGCAGAGCUGGAGGCCACCACCCUGCGGAUCUGCGCGCAGGCGCUUGGCCUCUUCGUGCCCAGGUUUGAAAAGGGUUUUCUGGAGUCAGAGGCUGUGAGCGAGCCGCACCUGGGCGCCUACAUCAACGCCUGCGAGGAGCUCAGGACCAGUCUUCUGGCCAGGUUCCCAGGCACCUUUGAGGAACUGGAGAAGCCCCUGGCAGCUACCACCUCCAGCUUCCAGAAGCGUGUACUGCAGGGUUUUCAGAGUGAUGUGCAGCCGCUCUUCAGGGCCGUGUGCACCAAGGCCUGGCUGACACAGGACGUGCUUCAGCCCCUCAUGGACAAGGUGGUGGCCUUUGGCCGCCACCUCGAGCAUGUGGUUCCGACGCGGGCGCAGGAGAUCCUGCACGAGGCGCACCGCUACGUGGUCCGUGAGUACCUGGUGCAGGUGCUGAGGCCACGCGAGCGGUUUCGGGGCGUCGAGCGCGUGACUGGCUCCCAGAAGAUGAGCCUCGAUGCCCAGGCCAUUGGCGACACCUUCCAGGGCCUGGGCUCGGAGGCCUCGUGGCUGGACCAGGCCAUUCCGUGCAUGUCUGAGAUCCUGGGCGAGACGUACAAGGACAACAUCCAGCGGCACCUGGUGACGCUCAUCGAGAGCUACCACGACGUCAGGCGGAAGCACGUGCUGGCCGUGCUGGCGCUGCGCCGACUGGGCCGCCGCCGGAACCAGCGCCUGCUGCAGCAUGCCCAGGACCUGCUGAGGGCCGCGGCCAAGGCUGGGGACGCCGGGGCCACCAGGGACCGCGUGCUCUUCGCGGAGAUUGAAGUGACCGUCUCCAUGGACGUUCUGGUCACCUGCAUCUAA